AUGUCCCACGACUCGGUCAAAGUGCUCGGUGCCCAUCCUUUGGGAUCUCUUCGUGUUGUCCACCCUGACGAAUCCAUGGAGACGGAGGAACGCCAAGAUAACCCGCCGCCUCCUCUGGAACCCCCCGGGAACCUGAAUGGCCGGAAACGAGUUCAGUUUAGCGAUGCUCGGACACAUGUCCGAGACGACUUGUCGAGUUCGUCAAACCGUCUGUCCAUCAGCCACUCCAUGGGCGGAGGAGAUGUGCUGCUCAUUUUGGAUCUGCCCGAAGUCUGUCUCGUGGGAUACGACACCGCCUCGUUCACUGCCAGGCACUUUAAAGGCAUCUGGGGUAUCCCGCCCGGCCCUCAUUUCUUCUGGGUAACUCAUCCUGAUAGCGGCUCCGUCAGGACUGGCUUCUGGAUUGUAUCGUCUGACGCGCACCGAGUCCAUGUUUUGCAAUGGGACAGGUUCAGCGAGACCAUACUUGAGCCAUCACGAGCAGAGGCCCGAUUUCAGGCCGAAUAUCUCGCCACUUCUCAUCACAAGCUGGUCCGUUAUAACAACCCAGAGGGAGCAAAGCCUGAUGCAGACGUCUACAGGGCAGCGGAUGAGAGAUCAACGAUAUGGAAACUGUUAUCUGGGAGCAUCACCGAACAAGUACUUGACCGCGUUACCGGGCAGCACGCCAGCAGUUGGCAUGUCGAUACGACGGAUCGCGUCAAGGGGGCUAUCCUUUUGGCCGUGGAGAUGGAGCUUGAAAAGAGAUUCGCAAACCACGUGUUUCAAUCAAGAGAACUCAAUUUCAGCUUCUCGCAGCACUCGAGAACAUAUUCUGCCAAUGUUCUGGGAGCCGCUCGAAGCUUGGCUGCGACAGAUGCAACGUCCUACAUGCUGUCUGUCAUGAGCGAACCCAACAAGGAGCUGUCCGAAGAUGACAUUGUUGGAGAGCUUCAGCUUGCCUUUGUUGUCGGCGUGGCUCUCGGAAACGAUGCCUGUAUCCAGCAGUGGCGGCAUAUGAUGAUCAAGCUGAUCCUCAAGGCAUAUUCUUUGCCGGAGCACCGCCCAGUCUUCGCUGUCAAGCUGCUGCAAACAAUUACCGCGCAGCUUCAAUACAGCUCCAGGUGGCUGGAAGACUCCAUCAUGGACUACGGCGGCUCAGAGAGCCAAGCGCUGAGGCUCGCCCUCAUCGUCUACAAACGCCGGCUGGACGAGCUCCUCAACAGCCUCGGCGCUCACGCCACACCCGAGCAGCGCAAAGUCGGCACCGCGAUCGCCGGCUUGGAGCUCGAGGUCACGGGGCUUGGGUGGGAUCUGCAUGCGGACUACGUGAGAAGGGGCAAAGUGAUGAUGGAAGACGGCGAAGAGGUCGAGGUGGAAAUGGACGAGCUGCAGGCUGAAGACGAGCGUGGCGAGUGGGCGCCCGAAGUUGUCGAGCUCGACGAGCACGGGCGCCAGCGGGACUUGGUGUCGUGGAAUGAUUAG